AUGGCUAGAAGAAGGUUACCCGAUAGACCGCCUAAUGGUAUUGGUGCGGGAGAAAGACCACGUCUUGUGCCAAGGCCGAUUAAUGUCGAUGAGUCAAUAUCAAAACUAACUAAGCCAUUCAAAGUCCCAGUAAAGUCACAAAGGAGUCAGACAGUUCCGGCUAAUUCUGAUCUUAGUCGGCAGCGGCAACUGAGACAAAGAUCUCAAACCGUUUCCUAUGCAGGACUGGAUGUUGAUAGUAAGGAUGAGGUUGAUGGUAAAGAAAAUAUUUACGAUGAGUUAGGAGAACGUGUUAUCAAAAAAAGAAGAGUUGAUGCUCUGAGCGCUCGUAGAUUAAUGGAGGAUCCAACAAGACUUGACACAAUCGAGGUUACAUUAAAAAAGUCCUUUCAUGUACCGAUUAAGGGCUACGUACAGAGACACAGCCUGCCAUUAACGCUAGGCACUAAAGUGAAGGUGAUUCCUGAGCCUAGGCCGUUGCAUGAUCCCACAGACGAAUUUGCAAUUGUACUUUACGAUCCCUCCGUUGAUGGGGAAAUGAUUAUUCAGGAUGAUACUGAGACUGUACAGAAUGUACAGAGCUCAGAAGAUCAAAAUGCCCAAGAAGCAGAGGCAGAAAAAUCUAAAUAUAAGCACCCUAAGAUAUUGUCCAAUGGUGUAAAAAAUAAAACAUUGCAAGAGCUUUUAGGAAACUCUCCUUUCAAUCCAACUGAAUCUAUGAAAAAGAAGUUUGCUAAUGUUCCAGUCGUUAUUGACCCUAAGCUGGCAAAAAUCUUAAGACCACAUCAAGUUGAAGGUGUCAAAUUUCUUUAUCGUUGUGUGACAGGGCUGGUAAUGAAAGACUUUCUUGAUCAGCAAUUGGCUAGCCAAAGUUCAAAUAUCAAUUUUCUUGAAUGCUCUGAUGAUGAUGUAUGCAGCAAAGAAGUAUCACCAAUUGAUGGCGGUGGAGCCCAUGACAAUAGUGAAGCGAAUAAUGAUGAGGCAGGUAACGCUAUACAGAACGCUAAAAAGAACGUUAAAUCAAAAAAGCAGAAAAAGACCAUUACUAAGAAACAACAAAGUGAGAAUGACUUUUUGGAAGCAUUAAAAAAGUCGCAAUCAAAUAAUAGAGGUGCUUAUGGUUGUAUCAUGGCUGAUGAAAUGGGUCUAGGGAAAACUCUACAAUGUAUUGCUUUGAUGUGGACACUUUUGCGUCAGGGACCUCAAGGAAAGCGAUUGAUCAGUAAGUGUAUUAUUGUAUGUCCUUCUUCUCUAGUCAAUAACUGGGCUAAUGAAUUAGUAAAGUGGCUAGGUCCUAAUACACUUUCACCCUUGGCUGUUGAUGGAAAAAAAUCUUCCUUAGCCUCUGGUGCCACUAGUGUGGCAGAGGCUAUUAAAAACUGGGCGCAGGCGCAAGGAAGAAACAUUGUGAAACCAGUUCUUAUAAUUUCAUAUGAUACAUUGAGGAGAAAUGUCAAACAAUUGCAAAAUACUGAAGUUGGUCUAUUGCUAGCCGAUGAAGGUCAUCGUCUGAAGAAUGGAGAUUCUUUAACCUUUACAGCUCUUGAUAGUAUAAACUGUCCUAGAAGAGUCAUUCUAUCAGGUACACCCAUACAGAACGAUUUAUCAGAAUAUUUUGCUCUUUUAAACUUUUCCAAUCCGGGAUUGUUAGGCACAAGAAAUGAAUUUAGAAGAAAUUUCGAGAUACCGAUUCUCAGAAGUCGUGAUGCCGAUGCUACGGAUAAUGAUGUGAAGAGUGGUGAACAGAAGCUUCAAUUACUAUCGAACAUUGUUUCAAAGUUUAUUAUCAGGAGAACAAAUGAUAUUUUGUCCAAAUAUCUACCAUGUAAAUAUGAGCAUGUGAUAUUUGUAAAUCUAACGCCUUUCCAGAAACAAGUUUAUAAUAUGUUGAUUAAGUCCAGGGAUAUUAAAAAGGUUGUUAAAGGGGAUGGUGGAUCACAGCCACUAAAGGCGAUUGGUGUUCUUAAAAAACUGUGUAAUCAUCCUGACCUUAUAAAAUUAGAUGAAGAGUUAGACAAUUAUAACGACUUGGAUAUUCCUGACGAUUAUAGCAUCCCGACUGGGAAAAGUAGGGAUGUUCAAACACAGUUUUCUGGUAAAUUUGCAAUUUUAGAGCGCUUUCUUCAUAAAAUUAAGACAGAAUCUGAUGAUAAAAUUGUAUUAAUUUCUAAUUAUACUCAGACUUUGGAUUUAAUUGAGAGAAUGUGUAGAAAUCGUCACUACGCAUCUGUAAGAUUGGAUGGAACGAUGUCUAUAAAUAAACGUCAGAAAUUAGUUGAUCGAUUCAAUGAUCCUGAGGGGCAAGAAUUUAUAUUUUUACUAAGUUCUAAAGCUGGUGGAUGUGGUAUCAAUUUAAUUGGUGCAAAUAGAUUGAUUUUAAUGGAUCCAGAUUGGAAUCCUGCAGCCGAUCAGCAGGCCUUGGCGCGUGUAUGGAGAGAUGGCCAGAAGAAAGAUUGUUUUAUUUAUAGAUUCAUUUCUACCGGUACGAUCGAAGAGAAGAUAUACCAAAGACAGUCUAUGAAAAUGAGUCUAAGUUCUUGUGUGGUUGACGCUAAAGAAGAUGUUGAGAGAUUGUUCAGUGUUGAUAAUCUAAGACAGCUUUUUCAGUUCAAUGAUAAAACUAUAUGUGAUACUCACGAAACUUUUCAAUGUAAACGUUGUAAUAAGCACGGGCAACAAAUUAUGAGGGCAGCUGCUAUGUUAUAUGGUGAUGCCACCACAUGGAAUCACUUGAAUCAUAAAGCACUGGAGAAAACAAAUGAUCAUCUAUUAAAGAAUGAGUUUUAUCACAAUGAUAUCAGUUAUGCAUUUCAAUAUAUAUCACAUUAG